CCCCUCCCACAAGAGGGGGAAUCCCUGGAAGGAGAUUUCCUGAUGGGACUUUCGCUUUCCUCUCCACGCCUCACUUGGCGAACAUGGGGUUGUUAUUUUUUCUACUGGUUGAGUUCACCCAAUCGCCAGCGGGCUCUGGAUUGUUGCGCUGUUGACCACCCGGAGCCCCUCUCGGUUUGCUUGAGACUUCAGGAGAGCGGAGCGCAGGUUGAGGAUCGCGGCCAGGAUGGCUCUGCGCUCUGCGCCCUUCCUGCUCCUGGUGUUGGUGGCGGUCGCCCUACGAGAGAGCUGCUUCGGCGCCUCCUCCCACUCCCUGAAGUAUUUCUACUCCUCCAUCUCGGAGCCCAGUCAGGGGCAGCCCCACUUUGUCACUCUGGGGUACGUGGAUGGUCAGGUCUUUGUUCACUACGACAGCAACAGCCGGAGGAAGCAGCCUCGAGUCUCCUGGAUGGAGAAGUUUGGGAAGGACAAUCCCCAGUACUGGGACAGAGAGACCCAGAUAUCACGUGACUCUGAGGAGCAGUUCAGAAGAGGCCUGGAGACUCUGAGGAGUCGCUACAACCAGAGUGAAGGACUUCACAUAAUACAGUGGAUGUAUGGCUGUGAGCUCCGGAGAGACGGGAGCAAAGGAGGGUUUAACCAGCAUGGCUACGAUGGGAGGACCUUCCUCACCUUUGACAAGGAGAUCCUCACCUGGGUGGCUCCUGAUCCCCAGGCCCAGAUCACCCAGAGGAAAUGGGACGCUGCUCCAGGAAAGAAUCAGGGAUGGAAGACCUACCUGGAGGAAAUCUGCAUUGAGUGGCUGGAGAAGUACUUGUCCUAUGGGAAUGAGACGCUGCUGAGGAGAGAGACCCCAAAGGUGACGGUGAGCAGCAGGACAGAGGUGGAGGAUGGGAUGGAGACGCACAUCUGCCAGGUCCACGACUUCUACCCCAGGGAGAUCGAUGCCUCCUGGACGAGGGACAGCGAGGUCUGGCUACAGGACACCCUCCAUGAGUCUGUGGCCCCCAAUGCGGAUGGGACCUACCACUACUGGAUCAGUGUCAAGAUCGAUCCCAGAGAGAGAGACCGCUAUCGAUGCCAUGUGGAACAUGACAGCCUGCAGGAGCCUCUGGACUUGGAACUGAAGGAACCAACAGAUUCAAAAUCCAACCUGGGGCUCAUCAUCGGCUAUGUUGCAGCUGCUCUUGUCCUGGUGGGUGUGAUUGCUGGGAUCCUGGUAUUCUUCAAAAGACAUCAAGAUGACUACAAUGCAGUACCAAGGAGGAACCAGGCCAUUUAGCAGCCUCCUCGCAGCACGAGUGGACAGUCCCAGCAUGAGGAGAGAGGAGAGAAGAUGGGACCAACCUUCUCCUGAAUUAGGCCGGACUCUCAGGCCCAUCCUGCAUGCUUGGAACCAGGAUGCAUUUGGGGUCUUUCACCAUCGCUUUUAUCAUUGGAUCAGUAACCUUUUGUAUUAGGAUUGAGGAAUGGAGGAGAAAAGAACAUCUUAUAUGUUUAUAAUUGUGGAAUCAAAAAGAUUAGAUAUUAUUAUUUUAUUUAUUAAUAUCCUGCUGAAAGUAUCAAAGAUAUCCAACACACUCUCCUAUUUCCCCCACAACAACCACCCUGUGAAGUGGGUUGGGGUCAGAGAGAAUGACUGGCCCACCCAGCUGUCUUUCAUGGCUAAGGCGGGACUUGAACUCACAGUCGUUUUCUAUCCUGGUGCCUUAACCACUACAUCAAAUUGCCUUGUAUAGCUUCUAAAUAGCUUUGUAAUAUAGCUUGUAGCAACUAUGUUGUUAUUUCUGGUGACCUUUAAUGGGCUUCUGCUGAUUAACACAGUGGUCCCCAACCUUUUUAUCGCCGCGGCCCGCUGAGCGCGCGCAGGGGUGGAGGCACAGCCCAGGAGCUUUUGCGCACGGCCCAUUGCGCACGGCCCAGGAGCUUUUGCGCACGGCCCAGGAGCCUUUGCGCUGCAGCGUUCAUGUCCCCCGGCCGCUGCGCGGCCCGGUGCCAGGUACUCCACGGCCCGGCACCGGUCCACGGACCGGGGGUUGGGGACCACUGGAUUAACAGGUUUUAGAGAAAGGCCCAUAGCAAAUGGGGUGAGGAAUAGAAUGAAGAGUUGUAUUUUUACUUUAAGGGAGAGUGAUAAACUGUUAAUCUCCAUCAUAAUUGCUUGGAUUGGAAGUGGAAGUUUUUUUCUCUCUCUUAUUGUUCUUUGUAUAAGUUGCAUAAUGAAUAAUAUGUACCAUAUACUGCCAUUUAUGGAUUUUUACAGUUUAGAAAAAUGAAAUAGGAACCUUCUCCCAUUAUGCCGUGCUGAAUGGACAUAAUUUUUUUCUGCUGCCAAUGAACAGCUGAUUUUGCCACAAAGUUGGUUAUUUGGUGGCUUUGCUCCCUGUUUUUUAAAGGGGAGACUAGGAACAACCCAAGAUGACCUUCGGACAAUCAUGCACAGACAGAGAAGAGAGGGGGCUGGAUCUUCUGCCAUCCUUUCCCUUCAGCUGCUCAGCUUUCUUAUGCACACCUGGGUUUUAAUUGCACUUUUUAAUUGAAGCUUUACAAUCUCUUGAUUUAUGACUAGUUCACUUCUGACCUAUUUUAUAACCUGGACUUUUACAACUUUUUUUCUCUCCUCUUUCAUUGUUUACCAUUAAAUUUAAAUUAUUAUUUUUUUAAUCGUAAGAAAGUUGCAAUGGAUUUUAUGCUUAUAUGUACACAGGAUUAUACUAUAAAUCUUGCUCUUUCUAGCUUUUUACCUUCUUUUUAUUAGAGUCACGAUAUUUAACUCUUAAUUUUUAUGGAAAAAUUUCCCCUUUUUUAACACUGGCAGAAAAAAUCCUUUCCCCCUGUGGAAGCUGUUGCUUAUCUGCUUCUCUUGACUUUGAGUAGAAAACCAAAAGUGUUUUUCAUGUCUUCGAAAGGCGAUAAAUUAUUUUGGGAGAUAACUGAAAAAAGAAUGCUCUCCAACUUACAGGAUCUACGACAGGUCUGUUAGGCUGCAAAUAGAUCUACAAGAUUAUAAAAUUUGGACCUCUUUUGCAAGGGGGAAAUAGAUUUCUCAGUGUUCAACGGGGGGGGGAGGGCCUAAUAUAUCUUUUCUUGUUUUUUCAUUAAUUUUUUUCAAUGUUUUUGUUUAGUUUUGUUCUGUCUCUGUUCAAUCCUUUUCUUUUGGAUUUUAAACUUUUACAUAAAAUACAAUAAAAUGGUCAAUUCUAAGAAAAGUGGAACAGGAGAUCCACAGUUUGGCCAGGCUCCUUUCCCCCUAACUGUUGCACACAUACCAUAAGAACACGAAAAUAGUUUGCUGAAAAUAAAUGGUUUUGCCUUCUU